AUGCUACCUGGGAAUCAAGCUCCUGUGAUCGUUCUUAACCAGAAUACACAACGUGAAGAAGGCAAGAAAGCCCAGCUAGCCAAUAUUCGUGCUGCAAAAGCUGUUGCUGACAUUAUUAGAACCACUCUUGGGCCAAAAUCCAUGCUAAAAAUGCUUCUUGAUCCUAUGGGUGGAAUUGUUCUAACAAAUGAUGGUAACGCGAUCCUUAGAGAAAUCGACGUAAAACACCCGGCAGCCAAAACCAUGAUUGAUUUAAGCCGUACUCAAGAUGAAGAAGUCGGAGAUGGCACAACUUCAGUCAUCAUUCUCGCUGGCGAACUUAUGGGAGUCUCAGAGCCUUUUCUUAAUCAAAAAAUACACCCAAUAAAUGUAGUAAGUGCCUAUUUCAAAGCCUUAGAAGCCGCCUUAAAAUCGGCAGACUCAAUAUCAAAAUUAGUCUCAAUAGAAGACAAAGAAACUCUAUCGGUCAUCGCCCAAAGCUGCAUUGGGACGAAAUUUUCAAGCAGAUGGGGCAAUUUAAUAGUUGAUUUAGCAACUGAAGCUGUAAAAACAGUUUAUAUCAAUAACAAUGGAAAAGUUGAAGUAGACGUCAAAAGAUAUGCAAAAAUCGAAAAAAUACCUGGAGGGGACAUAGAAGAGUCUAGAGUAUUACGAGGAGUCAUGUUUAAUAAAGACGUCACACAUCCUAAGAUGAGGAGAUAUAUAGAAAACCCAAGAGUUAUCUUAUUAGACUGCCCGCUAGAAUAUAAAAAAGCUGAGUCUAUGACAAAUGUAGAGAUGACUAAAGAAGAAGACUUUAAUACUUUAUUAAGAUUAGAGGAAGAAGAAGUUGAAAAGCUAUGCCAGGCAAUUAUGCGUCUUAACCCUGACGUAGUUAUUACAGAAAAAGGGGUUUCUGAUUUAGCACAACAUUAUUUUCUUAAACAAAACAUCUCAGUUAUCAGAAGAAUCAGAAAAACUGAUAAUAAUAGGAUUGCAAGAGUUUCUGGAGCUACAAUUGUUAAUCGUCCUGAAGAGCUGCAAGAAAGCGACGUCGGAACAAAAUGCCAUAAAUUUGAGAUUAAACUGAUAGGGGAUGAAUAUUAUACGUUUAUGGAAGACUGUGAAGACCCAAAGGCUUGCUCUAUAUUGCUUAGAGGUGCAACUAAAGAUGUUCUCAAUGAAAUCGAAAGAAAUAUGCAUGAUGCCAUGGCGGUUGCCAGAAAUGUGAUGAUCGAGCCUAAACUUGUACCAGGAGGAGGCGCUGUUGAAAUGCAUGUUGCCAAUGAACUAACCAAAAUAGGAAGGACUAUUGAAGGGAUUGAGCAAUUGCCAUUCCAAGCGGUUGCCCAAGCAUUUGAAGUUAUUGCAAGAACUUUGGCUCAAAACUGUGGGUGCAAUGUUGUAAGAAUUGUAACUGAGCUUAGGGCUAAGCACGCUGAAGAUAACCCAGACGCUCCAUUCUGGGGUAUUGAUGGGAAUGCAGGGAAACUAGCUGAUAUGAGAACUGUAGGAGUUUGGGAACCUUUAGCUGUUAAAAAGCAAACAUUCAAAACAGCAAUUGAAGCUGCCUGCAUGCUGCUAAGAAUUGAUGAAGUAGUCAGUGGAAUUUCAAAACCUGAGAAAAAGAGUGGACCAGUCGCAGCUGCUCCUGACGAAAUUGAAGCUUAA